AAAGGAAGAGAGAGAGAGAGAGAAAAGCAGGGCAGUCCACGGUGUUACGCAUAUUGUGGAAUCUCACGGUCAUCACAGAAUCGAUUCCCUGUAAACGUGUACGGCUGAAAGUAUUUUCUUCCCCUUUCAGUGACCGCGCAGCUAGCCUCCGCAUCCAGUCUUGCUGAGAGAAGUUCCCCCGGAGCCCUGGAGCAGUGAUGAGUUGGUACAGAUGCUGUGGGUGCGCCCGCUUUGGUGCUUCGCCGCUGCUCAAAGCUGGUGUCACGGCUGGCAGGCCUCAGUAAACGUCAGAUGCGGAUGUGUGUGAGGAACCCUGAUGUGACAGCAUCUGCUCUGCAGGGGAUCCAAGUGGCCAUCCAUGAAUGCCAGCACCAACUCCGGGACCAGCGCUGGAACUGCUCCUCGCUGGAGGGCUUUGGCAAGCUGCCGAACCACAACUCCAUCCUCAACAGGGGUUUUCGGGAGAGUGCCUUCUCUCUGGCCCUGCUGGCGGCGGGCGUGGCUCACUCUGUGGCCUCGGCUUGCAGCAUGGGCAAGUUGCGGGGGUGUGGCUGCGAGGCCAAGCGUCGCCAGGACGAUGACAAGAUCCGGCUGAAACUCACACAGCUGCAGCUGCAGACGCUUCAGAAGGGUGGGGCAGGCAUCGACUUAACACGGUCAUUACCCUCAGAGCUGAAUGGUCAUCAUGGCAGCCUGCCACCUAACCUGCACUCAGCCCACCCCUCAGCCCUUCUCAAGCCCUUACCGGAUGAGCUAAGCUCUAUGCAAGACACCUGGGAGUGGGGGGGGUGCAGUCAUGACAUCCGUUUCGGGGAUCGCUUUUCCAGGGACUGGCUCGACUCCCGGGGGUCUCCAAGAGAUAUCCACGCCCGCAUGAAGAUACAUAACAACCGUGUGGGACGACAGAUAGUGACUGACAACAUGACAAGGAAAUGCAAAUGUCACGGCACAUCAGGGAGCUGUCAGUUUAAGACCUGCUGGCAUGUGUCUCCAGAGUUCCGGCUCGUGGGCUCCAUACUCAAAGAAAAGUUCCUGACAGCCAUUUUUGUCAACUCUCAGAACAAGAAUAAUGGGGUUUUCAACCCUCGGACAGAAAACGGCGCCAGUGGAACUCAAGGGGGUCUCGGCGGAGGACGUCGUCGAAUCAUGUCCAGAGAACUGGUGUACUUUGAGAAGUCUCCUGACUUUUGUGAGCACGACGCGUCCAUAGACUCUCCGGGAACACACGGACGCAUCUGCAACAAAACUAGCUACAGCACAGACAGCUGCAGCUCGCUGUGCUGCGGCCGUGGACACAACAUCCUGAAACAGACGCGCAGCGAGCGCUGCAAUUGCAGAUUUCACUGGUGUUGUUACGUGCUGUGCGAGGAGUGUCGUCACACAGAGUGGGUCAAUGUGUGCAAGUAGACGUCAGUCUGUUCCCCCCUUAGUUCGAGCGGCUUUUACUCAUCCAGGACUCAAGAUGGCGAGCCUGUCCCUUCGCCCACUCCUGUUGUUCGAGCUUUUGUUUUUGCUCCUUGUGCAACUCUCCCAGAGAUUCUGUUUACGCCCCCCCCCCCUCUUUUUUUAAGUCCAUCAUCUGGGAUCUAUUUUCUUUUUGUAGACGCUGUUAUUCUCAAAAUGCCAAGUCAGAGAUUGAAGAGGUGACUCAUGUCAUUUGUCUUCCCAUGGUCUGUUUAGACGCUGGCCUUUCAGCCAUGAAAAUGGCCCAUACUUCAUCGUUUGAGUCCCACAAAGACAAAAAAAGAAAGAAAACGCAACAGCAGAGGAGCUUCAGUGUCUACAAGCUGACUCAUCUUAUUGUACAGUAACAGUUUAUUUGAAUGUGUAUGUCUAUAAUUGUAAAUGUAUUAUUAUUAAUAUUAAUAUUGUACUAGAGCCUGUCUUUUUUCAUUUAAGUGAAUGACAGAUUGAUGGUGGCCAUGUGGUUCGGCAUGGUGAAGCAGUGUGCAGAGAGAACAGUCUAAUUUUCUUUCUCCAUUUGCACCAAAACAAUACUCAUGUGUGACUCGGAAAAGUACUAAUUUGGGAACUUGUCUCACAAUCUCUCUUUACUGAUCAAAGAAGAAAAGACAGACGAUUUUUUUUUUGGAAGGGCAAAUGAAUUUGACACAGUGCUUUCUCACAUGCAGGACUUUCAGAUGCUCGUCCAAGCUUGUACACUUGUAAAACUCAAGAUGGGAAACUGGAAGCAACAUCCGAUUUGGAAGCAAAUCGGAUCCCUCAAAUCUCUAGAUUGUACGACUAAUGAUUCAGAUUUAUAUAUUUAUAUAAUGGUAACAAUAGUAAUCACUUCAUGAGAAUGGUUGCUAGUAGUCAUGUUUUUUAUGACUCUGUAUCAUUACUGUGGCAGCAAAAAUGCUCUCUUUUGUGUAUAACUGUACUGUGAUUUGUGUCACUUUCCUAAGAAAUUGUGACUGGGCUCUUGA